AUGCUCUGUCUUUCUCUGUCUCAAAAAUCAAUAAAUGUUAAAAAAUUUUUUUAAAAUAAAUAUUUAAAGGUUUAAUUAACUCUUUAAACUUGAUACCCCCCAACAUAGUAUCUGAGUAUCAUCUUUGUACAGAUAACAUUAAAUACUGUGUAUUUGUUUACCUAUUUAUCUUCCUCUACAUAUUUUCAGAGGAGAAACAGUAUUUUAUUAAUCUUAGAUACCUGUUGUAUAUGGCAAGUGCCAGAGAUCUAGGGGAUCUGCAUAAAUGUUUUAUUUAUAAACAUAUUUUUUGGAAACAUGAGAAAACAGUGAAGAUGUCAGUUGGCGUCCUGUGUAAAUUUUACAAGGUAAGAAUAAGUUUUCACAUAUCCUUCCUACAUUGCCAAAUGCCGAUCAUUUCAGAAUGAAUAGCCAUCUGAGUAAUAUGCCAUUUCAGGGAUCGGUUUCAUUCACCGAUGUGACUGUGGACUUCACUCAGGAGGAAUGGGAGCAACUGGACCCCUCACAGCGGAUCCUUUACAUGGACGUGAUGCUGGAGAAUUACAGCAAUUUACUCUCAGUGGAGGUGUGGAAAGCUGACGACCAGAUGGAGCGGGACCCCAGCAACCCAGAUGAGCAGGCGAGACCAUUUAUCAUUUUUAAGAACCAAACCCCAAUUGAGGAAAGAGGUAAUCUCUUUGAAAAAACAUUUAAUCUGAGCACAGAUUUUGUUUCCUUAAGGCAAGUACCCUAUAAAUACGACUUAUACGAAAAAACCUUGAAGUCUAAUUCAGACUUACUUAAUGGUAAUAGAAGCUAUAUAAGAAAGAGAGCUGAUGAGUGUAAUGGAUUUGGAAAAGCACUCCUCUAUCUGAAGCAAGAGAAAACCCAUCAUGGGUUGGAAUACUCUGACUAUAAUAAAAGUGGGAAAGUCUUUAAAGAAGCCAUUUUUAAACAUCAGAAAAUACGAAAUUUGGUACAACCUUUUAUUUGUAAUUACUGUGACAAGGCUUUCUCCUUUAAGUCACUCCUCAUUAGUCACAAGAGAAUACACACUGGAGAAAAACCUUAUGAAUGUAACGUGUGUAAGAAAACCUUCUCCCAUAAGGCAAACCUCAUUAAACAUCAAAGAAUUCAUACGGGGGAGAAACCCUUUGAAUGUAUUGAAUGCGGAAAAGCUUUCACCCACCAGUCAAACCUCAUCGUUCACCAGAGAGCACAUAUGGAGAAGAAGCCCUAUGAGUGCAGUGACUGUGGCAAGACAUUUGCCCAGAAGUUUGAACUUACUACCCACCAGAGAAUUCAUACAGGAGAACGACCCUAUGAGUGUAACGAAUGUGCAAAAACCUUCUUCAAAAAGUCCAACCUCAUUAUACAUCAGAAAAUUCACACGGGGGAGAAACGCUAUGAGUGCAGCGAAUGUGGAAAAUCCUUUAUCCAGAACUCACAACUGAUCAUACACAUGAGAACUCACACGGGAGAGAAACCCUAUGAAUGUACCGAAUGUGGCAAGACAUUCAGCCAGAGGUCAACCCUGAGAUUACAUUUGCGAAUCCAUACAGGAGAGAAACCGUACGAGUGUUCUGAAUGUGGGAAGGCCUUCAGCAGGAAGUCCCGACUCAGUGUCCAUCAGAGGGUUCACAUGGGGGAAAAGCCCUGAGACUGCAGCUAGCUUGUUCUGUGGAAAAAUCCGAACCCUUCCAGCGGGGGGCAGACCGCACAAAGGUACUGAAGGAACGCGGAAACGCGGGGCGGGGGGGAUACAAUCCAUCAAAUCAAAACACAUGUAAAAACAAGAUCCCCUAAGAACAGCCUUAUACCCAAGGUUAGAUACGCUGCCCAGCUAAAGCGUACAUCUAGUUGUAAAUAGACAUGCUUAGUCCUGUUACAGUGAGCUUUUUAAAAUCUUGAAUUAUUCUGGGCAGCAGCAUAAAGGAUCUGCAGACCAUACCCCGGGAGUUGAGUGGCUGUGUAUGAGAUUAUGCCCCAAAACACAAAUCUUGUCUUACAUCUAUAUAUGUAAAUUUAACACAGUCACUGGGAGUUGGAAAUUCUUGUCCUCUGUUAGGACAUGAGUAAGAUUUUCCAUACUAAACACCACGUGUCUUUCAGUACCUUUACAACCCAGUACGCAUUCCACAUGAACUAGGUCCCAGUUUUAAUAGCGUGUAGCGUAUGUUUUCUCCUGCUACUUGCUGGCAUAGGGAAGUUGGUCGGACCGUCGUUAUUCAGCUGCCUCUUCAAUAAACAGAAGACAGUGUUGAAGGUUUAACUUGCUUCGGAGGUUGCUAAAAGCAUUAUUCACAUCAAUAUAUAAGUGAGAGAUAAUUAAGAGGGGAUUUAGGGAGUGAAAGACCACUGUGGGCUGUCACUCAGUGUAGGCACCACAGCUGGAGAGAGUGCCCACGUCCCUCGUGCGCAGUUCCUUUGCAGUGGGGUGUUUACAUACAGAUGCCUGUCUUUUAACAUACUGUGUAACCCAUAAACUACUUGUGCUUUUAUUUGUGUUCUCCUGUUUCUCUUAAUAUUUUAUGGAUUGUCUUACAAAAAGUAGGAUGUGUAUGUGGUUCACAAAUGUUACAUUUCAGAGACUUCAGAGAAAAAAAUUAAUAAAUGUCUUAGUGCUUUUUCAAAUGUCCACAUGCACAACCCACUUUAAAAAUGCAUUUUUGCCACAUCCUGUGUAAAGGAGGCAUUUUCACUCCCUGGGUUUCACUGUCAUCAGCCAAAAGCAUUUCCCUUUGGAACCUGAGUAAAAGUUAAGCCUUUCUUUUAAAGGUUCACACACACUUUAUAAGUUAGACUUUUCAGUGAUCUCUCCAUACGUGUUUAACAACCUAAAAAAACUUCUUGCCUAACUCAGAGGUAAAGUAUCUUACUAUUGACUUCAAAUUCCCAAGUUCCUC